AUGGAUGAAUCUGCAUUGAGCCUUGGCACAAUAGAUGUUUCUUAUCUGCCAAAUUCAUCAGAAUACAGCCUUGGUCGUUGCAAACACACAAGUGAGGAAUUGGGUGAGUGUAGCUUUAGACCUACCGUCUUCAGAUCCGCAACCUUAAAAUGGAAAGAAAGCUUAAUGAGCCGGAAAAGACCCUUUGUUGGAAGAUGUUGUUAUUCUUGCACUCCCCAGAGCUGGGAAAAAUUUUUUAACCCCAGUAUUCCAUCUUUGGGUCUACGGAAUGUUAUUUAUAUCAAUGAAACUCACACAAGGCACCGAGGAUGGCUUGCCAGACGUCUUUCUUAUGUCCUUUUUGUUCAAGAACGGGAUGUCCAUAAGGGCAUGUUUGCCACCAAUGUGGCUGAAAACGUACUGAAUAGCAGCAGAGUACAAGAGACCAUUGCUGAAGUGGCUGCUGAAUUAAACCCUGAUGGUUCUGCUCAGCAGCAGACCAAAGCCAUCCAUAAAGUGAAAAAGAAAGCCAAGAAGAUCCUUCAAGAAAUGGUUGCCACUGUCUCACCUGGGAUGAUCAGACUUACUGGGUGGGUGCUGCUAAAGCUGUUCAAUAGCUUCUUUUGGAACAUUCAAAUUCACAAGGGUCAACUUGAGAUGGUUAAAGCUGCAGCUGAGACGAAUUUGCCGCUUAUAUUUCUACCAGUCCAUAGAUCCCAUAUUGACUAUCUGCUGCUCACUUUCAUUCUCUUCUGCCAUAACAUCAAAGCGCCAUACAUUGCUUCAGGCAAUAAUCUUAACAUCCCAAUCUUCAGUACCUUGAUCCACAAACUUGGGGGCUUUUUCAUACGACGGAGGUUGGAUGAAACACCAGAUGGACGGAAAGAUAUUCUCUACAGAGCUUUGUUGCAUGGGCACAUAGUGGAACUACUUCGGCAGCAGCAGUUCUUGGAGAUUUUCUUAGAGGGCACACGCUCAAGGAGCGGGAAGACCUCCUGUGCUCGGGCAGGACUCUUGUCAGUGGUGGUUGAUACCCUGUCUACCAAUACCAUCCCGGACAUCUUGAUCAUACCUGUGGGAAUCUCCUAUGAUCGGAUCAUUGAAGGUCACUACAAUGGCGAACAGCUGGGCAAACCUAAGAAAAACGAGAGCCUUUGGAGCGUAGCAAGAGGUGUUAUUAGAAUGUUACGAAAAAACUACGGAUAUGUGAGAGUGGACUUUGCACAACCAUUUUCCUUAAAGGAAUAUUUAGAAAGCCAAAGUCAGAAGCCUGUAUCUGCUCCACUUUCUUUGGAGCAAGCCUUGUUACCAGCUAUACUUCCUUCACGACCUAGUGAUGCUGCUAAUGAAGGUGUAGAAAUACCCAGUAAUGAAUCCAGGAAUGCAGCAGAAGAAUUCUUCCGAAGAAGGUUGAUUGCAAAUCUGGCUGAGCACAUUCUAUUUACUGCUAGCAAAUCCUGUGCCAUCAUGUCCACCCACAUUGUGGCCUGCCUGCUGCUCUACAGACACAGGCAGGGAAUCAAUCUCUCCACAUUGGUGGAAGACUUCUUUGUGAUGAAGGAGGAAGUCCUGGCUCGUGAUUUUGACCUGGGGUUCUCAGGAAAUUCAGAAGAUGUAGUCAUGCAUGCUAUACAGCUGCUGGGAAAUUGUGUUACAAUCACACACACUAGCAGGAAUGAUGAAUUCUUUAUCACUCCCAGCACAACUGUGCCAUCAGUCUUUGAACUGAACUUCUACAGCAACGGGGUGCUGCAUGUCUUCAUCAUGGAGGCCAUCAUAGCUUGCAGCCUCUACGCGGUUCUAAAUAAGAGGGGCUCAGGAGGACCCACAGGUGCCCCCGGCAACCUGAUCAGCCAGGAGCAGCUGGUGCGGAAGGCCGCCAGCCUGUGCUACCUACUCUCCAACGAAGGCACCAUUUCUCUUCCCUGCCAGACUUUUUACCAAGUUUGCCAUGAAACAGUAGGAAGAUUUAUCCAGUAUGGUAUUCUUACAGUGGCAGAGCAAGAUGACCAGGAAGAAAUCAGUCCUGGUCUUGCAGAGCAGCAGUGGGACAAGAAGCUUCCCGAACCGUUGUCUUGGAGAAGUGAUGAAGAAGAUGAAGACAGUGAUUUUGGUGAGGAGCAGCGAGAUUGCUACCUAAAGGUGAGCCAGUCCAAGGAGCACCAGCAGUUCAUCACCUUCCUACAGAGACUGCUUGGGCCUUUACUGGAGGCCUACAGCUCUGCCGCCAUCUUUGUCCACAACUUCAGUGGUCCUGUUCCGGAGCCUGAAUAUCUGCAAAAGCUGCACAAAUACCUAAUCGACCGAACCGAAAGAAAUGUUGCAGUAUAUGCUGAGAGUGCCACCUACUGUCUUGUGAAGAAUGCUGUGAAAAUGUUUAAGGAUAUUGGGGUUUUCAAAGAGACCAAGCAGAAGAGAGUAUCUAUUUUAGAACUGAGCAGCACUUUCCUACCUCAAUGCAACCGGCAAAAACUCCUAGAAUAUAUCCUGAGUUUUGUGGUGCUGUAGGUAACUUAUGGCACCUCUGGCAAGUGAAGGGCUGGAGAUGAGUCCCUUGCAGGCUCCAGCAUUUGUCCUGAGAGUUGCAGGUGCCGUCGCGUGGCCGGGCCUGCCCUGCCCUGAGGUGACCUGGAAGACAAGUGCCUUCUCCCCUUUGUGGACCUGUGAUCUUCCCAACUGUUAGACACAGCGGCCUAUGGAUAACACUCGGGGGGCCCUCAGCCUCUGUUGCAACUCAUAAUCAGUAGAUUACUAGAUGAAAUCUCAAUAAAUUAUUUUGGAGUUUA